GACUUCCCCUCCCAUUUUCCACAUCCCCCUCUUCGACGGACACCUCUUCCUCUACCCCCAUCCUCUCCAAUUUCUCGUUCUCAACAUCUCUCAGCGCGAGAAUGUUAUUCUGGGGAGAUCUAGAGCCGUGGAUGGACGAAGAAUAUGUUAAGCAAGUUUGCGCUCUCAUGGGCUGGGAGCCCCAAUCUAUCAAGGUUCCUCCUCCGAACGGUCCAAAUGCCAACAACCCAGGCUAUUGUUUUCUCACUUUUCCUUCGCAAGCACACGCUACAUCCGUAAUCGCUCAGCUCAAUUCUUCGGCAACCCCUCCCAUCAUGCCAAACUCGGCGAAACCCUUCCAGAUUAGCUGGGCUUCAGCAGUCCAGUUACCACAUACAGCGCCAUCACCGUUCUCGCCUAACGGCGUUCAGUCUCAGUCUAAUAUCCAGCAGCAAUAUCCCACUGAGUACAGUAUUUUUGUUGGCGAUCUAGCUCCAGAGACCAGUAACUCAGAUCUUGUGGCGGUCUUUCGCAAUCCCGUUCUCGGUCUGCGUAAUGACCGUGAGCCCAAAUUCAUUCGCCCUUUCCUCAGUUGUAAGAGCGCCAAAAUUAUGCUGGAUCCAGUCACAGGCGUGUCUAGAGGUUAUGGCUUCGUGAGGUUCACUGACGAGGCUGAUCAACAACGUGCUCUCAUAGAGAUGCACGGUCUCUAUUGCUUAUCUAGGCCCAUGCGCAUAUCACCAGCCACGGCGAAAUUCAAGCCUCCCAAUACGGCCGCUAUCCCCACACAAACCUUCCCCUCGCCUUUCCAGGUCACCCCACAGUCUUCUGCUACUAACCAACCGGUUACCCUCGCGCGACCUCUUUCGGGCAGUCUUCCCUGUCAUAACAAUGCUGCCAGUAUCGACAAUGGUGCCAAUCAGCCUAGGAGUGUGUCCUCACCUAUUGCUACUCCCAACCACCCCACUGUUGCAUCCAAUAUCGCUACAUCCUCAACGGCCAGCUCGCUAGACCACCAUUCGAAUGGCUCGAACAGCCCUGCAUCAGGCGCACGUUCGUCCGCAUCGAAUGGCAGUCUGGCGUCAACUGCCACCGUUUUCAGUAAUUCAGGAUCGGACGCAGAUGUCAAACAUCUUUCUCAACAGAUCGUCCCCCAACAGUACAACGGUACCAUCUCUUCUGAAGAAAGUUCUACGCCACAAUUACCAGUAUUCUCUAUUCCGACUCACGGUCAAGUUCCCCCAUCUUCCGAAUUAUCCAGUACCGCGAGGUACAUGCUCUCAGAGGAAUCUUGGAAGCAUCACGCUCAAGCUCGUGCUAUUCUUGGUAAUCUGAUUGGACCGAAUGGAGAGCAGUUGACGAGCACCGACCCUUACAAUACUACGGUCUUUGUUGGAGGAUUGUCGCCCUUGAUCAACGAAGACACGUUACGAACUUUCUUCACUCCUUUCGGAGAUAUUCACUAUGUCAAAGUUCCAGUUGGGAAGAAUUGUGGGUUCGUGCAGUUUGUGAGGAAGGCUGAUGCAGAAAAGGCGAUCGAAAAGAUGCAAGGGUUCCCAAUUGGCGGAAGUAGGAUACGCUUGAGCUGGGGUAGGAGUCAAUAUAAGGCUGCUCAAGCUGCCGCACAAGCUGCACAGACUGCCGCCUUGCAGCUGCAAGGAACGUACGGGCUUCCGUCGAAUCCAACACCUGCCACUGGUUCUGGUGCCAAUAUGGUCCCUCCUUCUCUCGCUCAUCUCCACCCACUACUUCAAUCGCAAUCUUCUUCAGUCGCACCCAGCCAAACCUCGCUCCAGCAUCGGCAGUCGAUAGAUUCAGGACCCCUCGCCGGCGUUGACGUUAGUAAUUUGACUCAGGAGCAAGCGAUACAACUUUUGCAGAAGUUGACUAACGGAGGUUAUAUGGACAUUCCGGUCUCUGCAGACGAAAGGCAACAUGGCAGGCAAAUGGGUUCACGCGGUUUCGGCAACGGCACCGAUCAUCUCCAACAAACGCAAUUCUCUUCGAAUGCGAAACAUACGACACAGCAGCAUCACGUCGACCAAGAUGGCGUGGCUUCCGUUUACCAUCACCUUCCCUCUCCACCCGGAGCAGGGUUAUACGCCGAGGAAAAGCUACGUGCUGCUCAUUUAGCAUCAAGGGAGGACGUUAUCGGAAGUAAUAGCCAGGCUCGAUACAACUCAAAUAAUACACACAAUCAGCAUCAGCUUGGGAGUAUGUUUGAUCAUUCGUUGUUUGGGUUUAACCCAACCGCAGCUUCUGGUGGUUCAGCUCCAGGUGAUAGGAGAUCUAGUGUUAUGGGAGGGUCGUCUUUCUCCCCAUUCUCACCCGAUCCGAACGGUGUCUCAACUCCUCCCAAUGGUGAUGGCCUCCCUACUUCGCUUCAGAGGAGGGAGUCCCUUGUGUCAGCCUCACUCGGCGGGAUGACCAGUGGUCAAACCAGUUUGAGCAGCUCGACACCGUCUGGGAACUCCCUUCCUGCCAAGUUCUCCCCAACUACGGCACGACCUACGGUAAGGUACGGUGGCCUGAACGGGUCGUCCCAGGGAACGAUACCCUCGCCGCUCCCCACGAAUAAUCGUGGCAGCAAUGGAAGGAACAAUGACAAUGGUGUAGGACAGCAUUACCAGCAACAGCAACACCAUCACCCAAACGACUCUUUCGACGUGAUGCAUGAUGUUAAUGGUACUUUAGCGAGUUUGGACCUUGAUUCUUCGCCUCGACCUCCCACUGUUGGUUCGCCUACCAAUAUCUCGUUCAAUCCCUCGCGAACUAUCCCACAGUUCGGCGUUAGUGCCUGGAGCAUGAAUAUCGCUUCUCAGGCCAGGAAAGGGUUGGCAAGUCCCGCCGGUGGAUCGGAAAGCGGUAGUACCGAUUCCAAAUACCUGUCUUCUAAAGGCGACAGGGAAGGGCUGAGGGCUGUCUCACCUAUGUGAGCGCUCCUUCGCCUUGCGAAACAUAUGCUAUGGAACCUUUCUCUUGUUUUCUCUCUAAUUAGGCUCUGCAUAUUAUUUUAUUCUGUCAUCCUCAUGUUCCCACCACGCUCACUGUUCCGAGCUUCAUGUCUCCGUGUUAUUGCGCUUCCCAUCUCUCUUCCCCUCACGCGUCAGACUGUUUUACGUUUUCCAUUUUUCAAAUGAUCUACGCCUCUCUUUUCAUUGACUUCCCGCUUAAUAUCGCCGUUGUUGCAACAUCGCAAAUCCACAAACACCAUAUCUUCAACAAUAUGCCUGUUAUCACUCUCGAUCUGUCUUAGCUACCUUGACUCUUGUUUUGUUGUCCCGUUACCGUCUGGCUUCCCUCGCUUCACUCUUCGAGCUUUUUCUUUCUUUGGUUGAUGUUCGGCGUUCAUACAGUUCUCUAAACCAAUGUAAUAUUGUCUUGUUACAGUGUUCUUCGUUCGUGCAUACUAUCUAGAUCCAAAUACAUAUAUACUUCAGCUCUUCAUGCUAGUAGCUACGGUCAUACCAGACAUAUGCGACAUUCGACCUUGAAAGUAAUAUAGUAAUAAGUGGAUCUUUGAC